AUGUAUAUAUAUAUAUAUGUAUGUGCAUAUGUAUACAUAUGUAUAUAUGGCAAGAACAAACGUGGCUACGAUUUGUUGAUGUGUCGUUCAUUUGAGAAAAAAGCAGUGAGCGAAUUGUGUUGUAUUGCGAGGCACGACAUUUUGCUUUGCUUGACGGAUUCGCAACUUGCCGUGCACGACCUCUCCGAGCCGUUCGCUUUGAAAGCGCUGAUCGCCGAUGUGAGGCCCAUCUACGCCUUUUGCGCCACUGUCUCUGAGGCCGAUGGACUGCUCUACGUAGCUGUGAGCGCAAGAAAGAAAAUUUUUCUGUACAAAUGGUUGGUCGACGAAUUCGCGAGGAUUCACUUCGACAUGACAAACAGCUUUUUCCCUGAUAACGUUCACUACAUGACCUGGUGUGGUCCAAUUAUUUCCGUGGCUGUACAAAAUGAGUAUUAUUAUAUGGCUGCAUUUCCACUGAAGGAGGACGCAGUUAGCGUGAAAAAAUUGUUUGAUAUUGGUUCGAAAACGGAGUGUCCGGUUAUUGUGGGACUGCCGGAUCGAAAAUUGAUCGGAUACUGUCGGGAUAAUUUUUUAUUUUUUCAAGAGUAUUAUGGAGCCGUUAAUCCUUUGUCCGAAGUGAAGUUUUCGGACGCUGUUUUGAAUAUUGGUUUGCUUUUUACGCAUUAA